AUUUACAUCAUAUACAAGUACAAGAGUUACCUCACAUUGGUCCAUGGAAAGAAAUUUCUCCAGGUAAAAUUGCUAAGCUGACAAAAACACCAACUCAGAAACAAAUUCCAGUAAAUACUCCUCAUUUGAUUCCUAAAGUUAAAUGGACUAUGCCACAAAUCAAAACUCCUCAAAAUUACACUUU